AUGCGAUUGGGAACGCUCCUCCUCGUCACCUUAGCCUCCAGCACCGCCGUGGCUAACUACGACGUAAAGAUGUACCAGGUCCGCUGGUGCCUCCUCAAAAUGGGCAAGAUAUGCAACAACAUCGGCGCUGGCAGAUGCUGCGGCGACGGCAAUCAAUACAGGUCGGCCAAGUUUGCUGAGGUCGGAGGCGGCAAGUCGACCGACCAGCUGAAGCUGUACCAAGACAGCAAAUGCGGCGGCGCCGCUAUCAUGCAGCAAGCCGGCACUGGCUGCGUCAGCGACGACAAAAAAGAGGUCCAGGGUGCCGCGGUCUUCGUCAUUGUCAAGUCGAACGACGAGGAGAUCACGCGCCCUGCCGAGGUGGUUGAACCCGAUGAGGCGUUCUUGGAGGAGGGACCGUUCAAGUACACUGUGAAGAGAGACUCGCCCGAGGGGAGAGCGUAUGAUAAAUUGGAUAGGGUCGAGGACCAGAUUGAGUACUUGAGGAAUUUUGGGAAGCGUGAGGAGAUUCCUGAGGGUGUGGACUCAGAGGCAUCGUGA